AUGGCCAGAGAUAGAUUUCUUCAGAUGAGAAACAAUUUGCAUGUAAUUGAUAACAAUUCUAUUCCACAAAAUAACACCGAUCGUUUUAUCAAAGUUCGACCUUUAUAUGAUUCAGUUAGAAAACGAUGUCUAGAACUAAAAUUAGAGCAAAUAUUGAGCGUUGAUGAACAGAUUGUACCUUUUCGAGGAAAACUUGAAGUCAAACAAUAUGUCAAAGGAAAACCACAGCCAUGGGGUGUAAAGAUAUUUAUGAUUUGCGGUAAGAGUGGAUUAGUUUAUGAUUUUAUUAUUUAUCAAGGCGCAACUACAAAUCUAGACAAAAAUGACGUUUUGAAAUAUGGCACAUCUGCUGCUUAUGUAAAUGCCUUGUCAAUGAGAAUAAAUAGGUCUGGUCAUUACCUCUUCUUUGAUAAUUAUUUCUCCAAUUACGUUUUGCUGAAGGAUCUUCGCGAGAGGGAAAUUUAUGCAGGAGGAACGAUCAGAAUAAAUCGUUUUGGAAAACCGCCACUCAUAACUGACAAGGAAGGAUCAAAAAAAGAUAGGGGAUAUACUGAUCAAGUUACGAAUAAUACUAAAGAUGUGGUUGUUAUCAAGUGGAUUGACAACAAAGGUGUAGUACUUGCUUCAAAUUUUGUUGGAAUAGGAAAUCAAGAUGAAGUUCGACGAUGGAAUAAAAUAUCUAAAAAUUACGUAACUAUACCGCGUCCUGAACUUGUGCAAUUAUAUAACAAUGGUAUGGGCGGUGUAGAUAAAACUGAUCAUCUGAUUAGUUUGUAUCGAAUCUUCAUUAGAUCCAAAAAAUGGACAUUGCGUAUGAUAUUUCACGCCAUUGACCUAGCACUAACCAAUAGCUGGCUGGAAUACCAAGAAGAUUGCAAAAUCUGUAAUAUACCAAGUACAGACGUUUUGGAUUUGUUGCACUUUCGGCAGCGCGUUGCAGAAGCUCUAAUAAAAAUGGGGCAUCCAAUUCCUAGCAGAAAAAGAGGACGGCCCGCAUCUGGUGGUAGCAGUCCAGUAAAUUCACCAGUUACACCAAAACAACACCGUUUCAGGACUGAAAUAAGACCAGCGAGCGAAAUCCAGUAUGACACUGUCGACCAUUUGCCAGAAUAUGAUCAAAAGAAAGAAGCUACAAGAUGUAAAAAUCCAGGAUGUAAAGGAAAGACGCAUGUUUACUGUCUGAAAUGUGUAAUACAUCUGUGUUUUACUGGUGAGCGAAAUUGCUUUCGAAAAUUUCAUCAAAAACAAGAAUAA